GUCGAUGCCCCCAGCCCCGCGUCCUCCACCCCCGGCGUCCGCGGCCCCGGGGACCUUACAGCCCCCGCCCGCGCCAGCCUCGCCCAUGGGGAGCCCCGCCUAGUCGGGAGGCGCUGUGCUGCCGGGCCCGGACCCGCGUCUGUCUCCGGUAAAGUCGCUGCGUGGCCGGUCCCCGCUCCCACCGUCCCGCCCUGGUUCUUCUCACCGUCUCCGCUCCCCACCCCGCGCCGCUUCAGGCCCCCUCUCUCAGGGCGGUGUAUUCUCCGACCCUUGGGGGUGGCAUCGGGUCGCCGCGCCGCCUCCUCACUCCGGUUCUGCCGACCCCAGUCCUGUCCUGAGUCCCCCGCCCAUCCUCGCGUCAUUCCGGGGCCAGCCCUUUUGCCCGCCGGCCUCCCCUUCCCAGUCGCGCCCUCAGAGAGGCCCCCGAGCCCCGUGCUGGGGCGUUUACCCGCCCGCGUCCGGCGACACUCCAGGGCCCCAAAUCCCCUGUCACUGGCUGUGCCUGCCAGGGUGUGUUUACCUUCCCAGUGAUGUCCCACUGGGAAGUGUGCUCUUCCGGGGCUGGAGCGUCUUCAUCCUAGGCCUGUGAAUGCGGAGGUGGGGCAGGGGAGGAAGGGGAAAGAGAGGUCAAGGGAGAACCAGGGAGAAAGAGUGAGACAGAGAAAGCAGGGGUAAAUUGAAGAUGGGGAAGUGGAUCCCAUGGGCUCGGAAAGACAGUGAGAGUGAAGGAGAGUGACCUGGGCAAGAAGCAGGGGUGAAAAUGAAAAUAGAAAGAGGAUCAUCAGAGAGGGGAACAGGACAGAGUAGGAGGAGGGGGUAUGAGCGGCAGGAGCAGCCGGCAGAGGAAGGGUGGGUCCCAGAUUCAUUAGUUUUGUUUGUAAAUUUCCGGCUUACAUCCCUUUACUUGCGUUGUGGCAGAUUCUGAUGAGGUCUCAGUGGUUUUCCAGUCUUUAUCAAGUAUUGAAAAUACUCUUUAGUGCUUAGUAAAUAAUUUUACACUAUUUCAAUGUGUUCUUGGUAAGGAUAUUGGUAAUUUUUUAUAUUAACAAUCAAAACCUAGGUAAACCAGUCCGAUAUUCAACAUCUUUCCGCCCUUAUAUGAUCUCUUAACUGAGUGGGCUGUGAACUGAAGUUUCCAACCAAGUAUAUAUUCCCUUUACGGUGUCUCUGAAAAUGAUCCAGAGUGAGCUGGACUGUCCUCAGAAUUAGUUGGAAGAGAACCCUGCUGUUCUUUGUGAAUAAAUUGCUGAACUUUUUGCAUUACUGACCACCUCAUGUUUUCCAGUGCUACUAAUUAGGUCUUCUUAAAAUGUAUUUUGAUAGUUUAAUGUGAUGUUCUGGAAAAUAGGAGUUAAAUACUUGAGAUUAUUGUGACUCCCAGAGGAAACUCACAAAAGGAAACAGGGCCCAGAAUCCAGCUAUCACACCCCAGACAUUUAAAUCACCCUCUAGAUCCUCAGUCCCCUCCACUCACCCUAGAGGAUUCCAGCUCCUCCUCACAGUGCACACACACAACAGGCAGAGAGCAGAGCUUGAGGACCACCCUGUCACCGCCUGCCUCUGUGAUGCCGAAGACAGUCUCCUUCUCGUGUAUUGCAGAGAGGAUUCAAGUCUCCAGGGUUUAUAAGCUUUGGAAGAUGCUAGUUGAACAUUGUACACUGUGGAGACGUGUGCCUGACAUUUUGCAGGCUUUGCCUGCUUAAUGCUUGGACUGUCUGCGAGUGAAAACCCGGAGAAAGACCGCUGGCAGCCGAGUUACUGACGAUGCAGCCCGUGGAGUUAGUGACAUUUGAAGAUGUAGCAAUAGACUUCACCCAGGAAGAGUGGGCCCUGCUGGACGCAUCCCAGAGAAAGCUGUUCAGAGACGUGAUGCUGGAGAACCUCAGUCACCUGGUCUCCGUGGGGUAUCAGCAUUGCAAAUCAGAUGUGAUUUUCCAGUUGGAGGAAGGUGAAGAGCUGUGGAGUGAAGCAGGAGGAUUUCUCCAAAGCCACAGUCCAGGCAGAGAAGGUGCCCUUAGAGAAGAAAUGUUAGCCACACAACGCAUCAGGAGGGAGAUCAUGUCUACCGCCAUCCCAGAGAAGCAGGUAUCUCACUCUCCAGAGGGCCCCUUUGAAUGUAAUGGCUGGGGAAGAGAGUUCACUCAUAGCUCCACGCUGAGCCAGCAUUUGGUAACUCCCAUGGAAAAGACACACUGUAUCAACAAAAAGUGUCAGAAAUCCCUUAGUGACCACUCCGACCUUAAUCAGCCCAAGCAAGGCCACACCAGAGGUAAAUCCUGUGAGUGCGUCCUGUGUGGGAAAGCCUUCAGUAACUGCUCGAGCCUUAGAAGACACGAGAUGACUCACACGGGGGAGAAGCCGUACGAAUGUCAUCUCUGUGGGAACGCCUUUAUUCAAAGCUCUGACCUUCGAAAACACAGUUUGACUCACACUGGGGAGAAGCCGUACGAGUGUCAUCUCUGUGGGAAAGCCUUCAGUCAGUCCUCCAACCUCCGGCAGCACGAGAGGACGCACACCGGAGAGCAGCCGUAUGAGUGCCAGCUGUGUGGGAAGGCCUUCAGUAAGUGCUCUGCCCUUAGACGCCAUGAGCGAACGCACACCGGAGAGAAGCCUUAUGAGUGUCAUCUGUGUGGGAAAUCCUUCAGUCAGUGUUCUGCCCUUAGGCGACACGAGGGAACCCACCAUGGAGAGAAAAUCAUGAAUGCCUUCAGCGGAUAUUGUGACCUUAGAUGACGUGCUGUCAUAAAGGUAGUGAACGUGGACAAGACUGCCACCAUAGCUUUAACAUUUAAAUGCACCGGAGGACUCACACAUCGAAGAAAAACUAAUCAAUGUGGAAGAGGCUUCCGUCAUCCUUACUAAAUUUGACGUGUGCAGAUGUAUAUGAGAGAGAAUCCAUACGUAUGGCAUUGGUGUGGUGAAACCUUCAGUCGGUGUUCUGAGCAGAGAUGACGCGAGAGAACUCACACUGAAAAUAUGAGGAAGUAGAAGCCUCUAGCGAGCGCUCUAAGCUGAAAGCACGCUGGAGGGCUUGCGCCGUGGAGAACCCAGGCCUGCAAUCGCGGCGGACGUGCUUGCGUGUAGAACUCACAGUUGCACAGCUUGCGCGAGCUCCACUUGGGAGAACCUAGGUCUGUACUCACUGGGAACAGCAUUCAGCCAGGCACGGGCUUGAUGCGCGCAAGGAACCCGGUGGAGGAAUAACCACUGAGUUUAACGACUGAAACAGGCUGUGAGGACGGAGGCUCUUGCGGAGUACCAGGUAACUCGUCCCGGAGAAGUGAGUCCAUGAGAAGCCCUGUUCCCAGAGCAGCACCGGGGGUGCCCGUGCCUGGGUGGCGCGCGUGUGCAUUCCCCGUACGUGUGUCAUGAAGGAAGGGAAGUCUUUGGUGAUCUCUCUUUUCAUAACCAGCUGUAAGGUUCUCAGAGCGAGCAGACAGUGAUCCUAAAAUUAAAGUGGAGAAAACCUCUAGAUUCCACGUUUAGAAAAUUAAGCUUGAGGGGCCAGGGGAAGGGGGAAACCUGUAGCAUUGAUCACCACAUCACCCAAAUCUGGGUGACAGUUGUGCUUCCUCAGGGGCACCCGAUCCACAGUGGGUGAUCAACGUGUUAAAAGAGCCUUUUAACAUAAAAUUCAGCAAGUGAGAAUUUUGAGAAAACUAUUAACAGGGAAAAUCUGACCUAUGAAUGCAAGAUAGUGAAGCUGUAGGAAUACUGACUGCAGAAUUUUGUUAAGAAAUUAAAACUUUGUUGAUAGAUGAUUAAUUGUAAAUACUUCAACAAUAAACCCUGUUGCUGAAACAUCUAGUA